CCCGUAGGCUGUGGCAGGUGCUGCGCCCUCACACACCCCGGGCUAUGGAGGUGCUGGAGUAUGAAAAGAAAACGGAAUACCUGUUCUAUUCCAUUUUGCUUCUCAGUUCACAAAACCUGUUCAUCCCUAAUUGGCCCUGUCAAUUUGCUGGGGCAUGCCUGCAGAAUGGUAAGGUUUGAGCUCACCGUCCAGAUAGGACGCUCUCGACAAUCUUCUCCGCACAGAGCAUCUUCCUCUCAGUCCAGAUCAAGAUCAAGAUCACGCACCCGCCAUAGUCGCCCCCAUUCUCCCGAAGACAGAAUCCCUCUAGUUGAACGUGUUCCCCCUCCUGCUCGUGAUGAUGACCCGGCCUCGAUAUCCCUGCCUCCUUCCCCGACAGACAAUACUCCCGAGAAAAACUCUUUACCUUUAGGUCCCCGAUCCUCCCAUCAACACCUUUCCACGUCCAAUAAUGAGUCUUUACCGAAUGGCCCGCCACCAGCAGACGAGCCGCCGGGCCUGAAUCCGAGUCCGAAGCAGGAUGGGUCUGGGUCUUACACCGAUUUCUCCCCUCUCCGUCGAAAGUUCAUCUUGUCUGCUAUAACGAUUGCUGGAUUCUUCGGGCCAUUGGCGGGAGGUAUAUAUCUUCCUGCCUUGCCGGUGCUGGAAAAAGAGUUCAAUGUUAGCCCAACCGCCAUCAAUGUGACGGUUUCAGUGUUCAUGAUGACUUUUGCGUUCGGUCCGCUAUUCUGGUCCACUUUUGCAGAUUGGAAGGGUCGCCGUCCAUUGUACUUGAUAAGCCUUGCCAUUUACAUCUUGGCGAACGUGCUUCUUGCUGUAGUACCAGCAAACUACGGAGCACUGGUGUUUUUGAGGGUCGUGCAGGCGUUUGGCAGUGCUAGUGUUGUUAGCAUGGGGGCAGGGACAGUUGCUGACGUGGGUAGAUAUAUUCGCCUUUCUCGUUGCCAACUUGCUAACGUCAGUCCAUCCCAGAUCACGGAGCCGAAGAAGCGAGCAUUCGCAAUGAGCAUUUUUCUCAUGGGCCCUCAAUGCGGUCCUGUCCUGGGUCCCGUGUUGGGUGGUGCAUUGGCAGAGGCGAACUGGAGAUGGAUUUUCGGAUUUCUUGCGAUUUCUAGCGGCAUACUUUGGCUUGUGAUUCUCUCUUCUCUCCCUGAGACUCUUCGCGCCCGCGUGGGCGGAGGCCGUAUCUACACAGAACGGCCCAUCUUCUUUUGGCCCCCUUCCAUGUCUUCACCUCUCGCGCCGAGGUGGGAAAGGGGUCCUCCACCGCCCAUCCCAACCCUCAAAGGGUAUUGGAACCUGUUCAUUUACCCUCCCAUCGGCAUCGUCAGCUUCAACACUGCUAUGCUUUACUCUACCUACUUCGCCAUUGCCGUACAACUUCCGACCGAGCUGAGUCAGCGAUACAAAUGGGGCCCAUCGGGAAUCGGCGCUGGCUUUCUGGCGGUAGGAAUUGCUAUGAUUGUGGGGAGUUUGCUUGGUGGUAGAGCCUCGGACUGGAGAAGGGCGAGGGCAGCAGAGCAACUGCCAGAGGACACCAAGAUUGAUCCAGAGUUUAGACUUGUGGACCAGAUCUGGGGCGUGUUGAUUUGUGUGUUGGGGACUCUGCUAUAUGGAUGGAUGGUGGAUGGUAGCAAACAUCCAGCAGCAGUUUUGUUUGCCACAUUUUUGACCGGAUUUGGGAUGAAUUGGGUCUUUGUCACCACUACAGCAUUCUUGACCGAAUGUGUUGCUCAACAGGCGGCAGGAGCGUUUGCGCUGGGAAAUUUGCUGAGAAACCCCUGGGCUGCCAUUGUGUCGGUGAUAACACCAACACUGGUGGCCAAGAUGGGGAGUGGAUGGUGCUUUACGGGGCUGGCGGUCUUGGAUCUGCUCCUGGUUGGAACUGCGGUUAUUGGUACGUGCAACUUGUUGAUUCUCAGACUAAAAUGCCCUGGCUGGCGUGCGGAUAGGGCGGCCAAGAUGCAGCUGGCUGGCAAGAAAGCCGGAGGUCCGGCGGCUGUUCCUUAA